AAAGAGUUAGGUACUCAGGUGUGCAAUGCAGCAGAGUUUGAUUUUCGCCCCCUCUCCCUGGCAGUCGUGGCCUUUGGCAGGAAGAGCUCACCUGAGAGAAGAGCAGCCGCGCAGUCGACUUUUGCCUUUUGUGCUCCUCGCGCACGGCCUCUCUCUCCGCACACAAGAUGCUCAGGUGACUCAGGACUUUGUUCUCCAAAGGGAACCACCCUGGCAGCAAUGAUGGCAUUCUAGAGCGGAGAAGAGGCUCGACACCUACACCACACGAUGAAUCAAAUGUGCAAAGUGUGUGGCGAACCCGCGGCCGGAUUCCACUUCGGGGCCUUCACUUGCGAGGGAUGCAAGUCCUUUUUCGGCCGUUCCUACAACAACCUAUCGAGCAUCUCGGAGUGCAAGAACGGCGGUCGGUGUGUGAUCAACAAGAAGAAUCGCACCUCAUGCAAAGCGUGCCGCCUCCGCAAGUGCCUGGAGGUGGGCAUGUCGAAGAGCGGCUCGCGCUACGGCCGCCGCUCCAACUGGUUCAAGAUCCACUGCCUCCUGCAGGAGCAGGCCUCCGCGGCGGCGGCGGCCGCCUCCCGCCACCAGCAGCACCUUCACUCGCCGUCGCCGCCCCCGACGCUGCUCGACCUGCACGGCCGCCUCCACCAGUCGGAGGCCUCCCGAGAGUCCCGAGCCCCGUCGGCCAGUUCGUCGCCCGAGAGCCUCCAGUCCGACACCAGUACGGAGGCUGCUGACUUCCACCCUUUUCUCCCCUUCCUGCCGCCCCCGCAACCCCUCGUCGCUCAUCACCUGGCCGCAGCACUGGCCGCCCAUAGAUCUUUUUUCCCGCCCUUCAUGAGGCUGCCUGAGGGUAUCAAAAGCGCCAGUCCGUUGCUGCUUAGCAGCGACUUCCGUCCUUCUACAGACUUUUCUGAAGAGGCGAUCGACCUUUCUUUGAAGAGAGAAGACUCGUCCCAUAACGAAGAAGAGGAGAAAGAAGUGGUGGUUGAUGAGGACGAAAUUCAGAGCAUGGCCAAAGAAUCGAGCAAAACGCUGACGCCGCCAGCCACACCGCUAGAUCUAUCAAGAGUUGAAGCAUAAAAAAAAAUACUCAAUUAACGUUCUUGUCAGCAUUGGCCAGUAACUGAAAAAUGAAGUGACGUGCUCAGUGACACUUUUUUAAUUAGUGCUAUUUUAUAUAUGUACAAAUAUCAGUCAGAACGAGCAAGUGGAAGCACUCUAAAAAUUAGAUUUAGAUCAUGUAUUUUGUCAUGAAUUAUAUUUUUACCACCGCAUUAAAUCUAUGAAAUUUCCUUUGAUCUAAUGAAUGAAAUUGUGUAAAUUAUUUCAAAAUUUCUAUGAAAUAUGCUAAUUAAUAAAUAAACAUGUUUAAAUUUAAACUUUCAAAUUGCUUAACG